CAUCGUCAAAUAUGAACUUGACGAAAGUCAAUGUUACGAUAAAUUAGAGAGUUCUACAAACGGUUACUAAUUAUCGUGCUUCACCCCUCCCCGAAUGAUAGGGGCCACCACAAGGUGUAAUUUCAACCUCCCUAUCAUGUCAAUAGAUCUCCCGUCGGUCCGUCAAAAUGACUGAAGCGGCUGCGAAUGGUGCCUCAAAAGCUGGCCUCGACUUUGCUUUAGUUAAACCUGCUCUCCUUUCCUCCUCUACCAAGGCCCGCAUAGCCCAGUUGCGAACAAUUGACGAGAAGCUAAGGGAGAAGACUAUCGACCAGUCCUCGAUACCGCCGUUGCUACAAUUACUAUUUGAUACCCACCGUUUUUACGAUGAUAGACCGUCUAGGAGAGCCGUCGAAUCUUGUAUUACGUCCGUCUUCGCGACCAUUAGCGAUGCCGAAGCCCUGACGUUGUUUAUUACUUCUUUGCGACAAGAGUCCCAAAAAGCAGGAAUAGCUCCCAAGAAUGCUUUCGUCUUGGUCGAGUGGUGUUCUAUCCUAUUGCAAGAACUCGCCGGAAAGCCUUUGUGGGACAAUUUCGGGCUGGAAGUCAUCUACGCUGACGCUGCUGCUCUCGAAAGAUGCCUUCAGCCUACAACUAGACCGAGCGUUGCGCAUUCUGCUUUGGUGGUAACUCGUCGUGGUUUACGUGCGGCCUUCUGGAGCGGUGGUUUUCGAGACAAAGUGAUACAGGAUGCUGUGAAAGCCCUUGCGGCCAAAGGAGCUCAGCCUACGGCAAGAAACGCUGUCUUCCUGGGUGUCAUCGCUGGUGUGAGUUCUCGACACGCUCAAGCCAAGGAUGUAUUGGCUUCCGUAAAAUCGGAAUAUUUCUCCUUUUUCACCAGAGAACUUAUAGGAUCUCGCACGCCCAUCCCCGCUCAUAUCGCUACCGGUUUACGGGAUUUCUUUUCCGAUUUCGUCACUCUAGAAGACCUGGAAAAGGAUAUUAUACCCCCCAUCGAAAAAGGCCUCCUUCGUGCUCCUGAGGUGGUUUUGGAUUUGGUAGCAUCGUUGAUUCGCGCUCUUCCUAAAUCCCUGGAUCUUUCGCAAGCUCUAAGCGGACGUCUUCUAAAACCCUUACUAUCGAAUGCCAAGUCUAGCAAUGCUACGAUUCGCGACGGCGUCUUAGCCGCAUUUAAGGAGGCGGUAUCUCGUAGUCACGAUGAGAAACUUACGGAUCAAGUUGCGGAGGAGAUUCUAAAUCCCCUGAAAUCUGGAAAAUUGGCUUCUGCAGACCAUCGCGUUCUCCAUUCGCAGAUGUUGGACUACGUACCGUUAUCUAACUCGAUCGCCACCAAGAUAGCUACUAGUCUUCCUCCGAUCGCCACCAAGGAAGGAAACGAAGGGGCUUUGGGGGCGGAAAUAUCGGUUAUCGGCAGAGCAGUCUCCUAUUUAUUAAAUGACGGUACCGAAUUACCGAAGCCCGCCGUUGACGCCUUUGCCAAAGGUCUUAGCGAUAAAAAGAUACCUUCUCGAAGACUAUGGCUACUUCGAGCCGGUGAAAUAUUCGUACCUUUUAGCCAAGAAGCUCGAUCUCUUCCAGGAAACGCUGCUAAGCUAGCCGAAGCUAUCGCGGGGCCGCUUGCGGAUACUUGGGCUGAAAUUAUCAAGAAUCCCGCAGCGGCUGCUCAGAGCGGGUUGAUCGUGGGUGCAUACGUCUCUUCGGUUCUAUCUUUGAAGGUUCUUUCUAAGAUCGACGGUGCUGCUACUAUUAAACCCACCCUCAAGAAGACAUCCGUCUCAAAAGAAUGUCUCGUGGCCGAUCCUAAACCUUCGUUUCUCUUUAAUCAUCGCGUCUACGGUCGAUUAUCCACAGAAGACGAUACUAGAUGGUUUCUACGAGCGCUCACGGCUAUAUAUGAUGAUAUACCAAAAGCUCCGAAGAAUGCACAGGUGAUUUGGUUUCAAGCUCUCAUUUAUCUCGUAUCCUCAACCGCCGUACCUCCUCAGGUUCGUAAAGAGACCACUGAGGCUAUUUCGAAACUUUACGUUCGCGACCAGAGUUUCUUUGCCGAGGUCGCUAUCGACGGCUUAUGGCGAUGGAUCGAGUCUUCUCACACCGAAGAUAAGGAUAGCAUAGCAGCGGCCGCUAAAUUUGAAGAUGCGCACUUGCAUCUGGUUCUUAAGUCGAUCUGCUUAAGCGAGGAAGAAUUUAAGCAACUAGGCGCAGAAAAGUCCCAAGAAGAACUUGCUAAGCAGAUGUGUUCGCUUCUAGUUAUCGCCCGAAAUGAUUUGAUUCCAAGAGCAAGCUGGAUAGAUCUUUGUUUGAGAGUCGGUCUUGAUCCCGGAAGCUUAGCCCAGAAGUACGAAGAAGAAUUAAUACGGCAGGUGAUAGAAAAGACGAGCUUUGAUCAAAAGGCAAAAUCCAUCAAGCAAGCAGCUUGCAAUGCUGCGGCAGACCUUGCGUUCGUGGCUCCCGAUACUGUGACGCCAAAAAUCGUCGAGCUCAUCCAAGCGGACCUAAACACGGAAGAGCUAAAAGACGUAGGACCCGUCGAAGCGGCCAUCUUCCGAACUCCAGAAGGCACCGCUUUUAUCGACGUAUUGGCGAAAAAGCAGACUCUUCCGGAUAAGAAUACCAGAGACUACGAUACGCUGAAAUGGGAAGAAGAGCUCAGAAGUCAAUUAGCUCAGAAAAAGGGACAACAGAGAAAGCUUACCGCCGACGAACAGGCCAAGGUCAAUGCCCAGCUGAAGAAAGAGUCAGAAAUUCGACGAAAGGUCCAGCUUUUAGAAUCGCGACUCAUGCGAGGUUUUGGUAUCAUCAGCAGCCUCGUCAGCAGUCCACCGACGGAACCAAAUUUAUGGAUCGGACCCUCGAUCAGUGCUUUGUUAGCGGCCUUGGAAGCUGGUGCCGGUCUCAUCACAGGCGAUGCGGGCCCUACGGCUUACCUAGCAUGUUCUGAUCGCGUCACUCCACGAUUAGGAGCUAUUCGACCUUUUAUCGGCGUCGCAACCUUGCGUGCUCUAGGAAUCACUUCUCUACCGGAGAAUAUGACCGAGGAAGGCUUAGAAGAACUCGUCACGCGAGUCCUAUACCGCAUCCGCUUUGCCGGCGAGCAGCGUCCGUUUGACGCCAUCUCCGUUAUUUAUAUGUUGUCCUUGAUAUUUGUGAUACUACGAACAGGAGGCGUCGGAAAUGGUGCUGACGAGCGGGAUGCUCAGCUUGUGUUGGCUAUCGAAUUCCUUGCGUUCCACACUCACGUCUGCGCCGACGAGACGAUCCCCCGAGCCGAUUUGAUAUCUACGCUGACCACCUCCAUGCAGCAAUAUAACCAGCACUACAAAAUCAUCAAAGAUUGCUUUUCCGACAUGGUCCGAUGCGUCGCUCCGAAUAUAAGCGUCGAAGAGAUAGCCGUCCUCGCAAAAGGGGUCAUCGUCCCGCAAGCUUCGGUCCGCGAAACCGUUCUCCAGUCAAUCAGCGCCGAAGUUGAUAUGAGCGAGCUUGAGUUUUCGGAGGAGAUAUGGAUCGCUUGUCAUGAUGAUAUUCCCGAAAACGUCGAACUAGGCCACGAAAUUUGGGAGGAGAGCGGCUUCAAGCUUUCCCAAGACGUUCCUUUUAAGAUGCUUCCGUAUCUCGAGAGCAAAGACGCCCAGCUCAGGAGAGCCGCCGCGCGCUCACUCUCCGAAGCGUGUAAAGAGUACCCUUCAACCGUCGACGAAGUGCUGGCGAAGCUCCGAUCUUCAUACGUCGAGUUUGCUAAGCCCCGAGUCCCGCAGCUAGACGAGUAUGGAAUGCCUAAGAAAACCGAUCUAUCGGAUCCUUGGGAGGCACGGGACGGGUUUGCGGCGGCAUUUAGAGAACUCGCUUCUUACUUACAGAAACCGCAGAUCGAUGAUUUCUUUAACUUUCUCAUCGAUGGCGGCCCGCUAGGAGAUCAAAACGCUACCGUAAGGGGCGAGAUGCUUGAUGCGGCGCUAGCAGCUGUUGACCUCCAUGGUAGAGCGCUCCUGGAUAAGCUCAUGAAGACGUUCGAACGUACGCUUGCCGCGCCGGACAAAGGUUCGGAGGCGGCUGAUCGCGUGAACGAGGCUGUUAUCGUUAUGUACGGUGCUCUGGCUAGGCAUCUGAAGCCCGGCGACCCAAAGAUUCCAGUCGUUCUAGAGAGGCUGCUUGCUACCUUGAGCACGCCGUCCGAAGCUGUGCAAUACGCUGUGGCGGAAUGCUUGCCGCCUCUGGUACGGACGUGCGGCGAUAAAUCGUCCAAAUAUUUCGACCAGCUUCUCGAUACGCUCUUGACAUCUAAGAGAUACGCAGAAAAGCGAGGUGCCGCGUACGGAUUGGCCGGCUUGGUCCAGGGAAGAGGUAUCUCCGUAUUAAGAGAUUAUCGAAUUCUUAUCACGUUGAAGAGCGCAACCGAAAACCGAAAGGAGCCUCAGCAGCGCGAAGGCGCAUUUCUAGCCUUUGAACUCUUCGCCAUGCUUCUAGGCCGUAUAUUUGAGCCGUACGUUAUUCAAAUCGUGCCCCAACUUCUAUCCGGCUUCGGUGAUAGUAAUGCGGACGUGAGAGACGCAUGUUUAGCGGCGGCCAAGGCUUGUUUCGCGAAGCUCAGCUCCUACGGUGUGAAACAGAUUUUACCGACUCUUCUCAACGGCCUCGAUGACGAUCAAUGGCGUAGCAAACGCGGCGCUUGCGAUCUUCUAGGUGCCAUGGCUUACUUGGACCCGCAACAGCUCGCGCAGAGCCUUCCGGACAUUAUACCGCCGCUAACGGGCGUUCUAAACGACAGUCACAAAGAGGUACGAGCAGCGGCGAACAAGAGCUUGAAGCGCUUCGGAGAAGUCAUCGAGAAUCCCGAAGUGAAGAGCUUAGUCGAUAUCUUACUCAAGGCCCUGAGCGAUCCUACCAAAUACACCGACGACGCUCUAGACGCGCUCAUCAAGGUGCAAUUCGUUCACUACCUCGACGCGCCUUCGCUUGCCCUCGUUACGAGAAUUCUCCAGCGCGGUUUAGGAGACAGGUCCAAUACGAAACGCAAGGCUUCUCAAGUCAUCGGAAGUUUGGCUCAUCUUACCGAAAGGAAGGAUUUGAUCGCGCACCUUCCGGUCCUAGUUUCGGGGCUAAAAGUGGCGGCUGUCGAUCCGGUUCCGACGACGCGAGCAACGGCAUCCCGCGCUUUGGGCUCCUUGGUCGAGAAGCUCGGCGAGGACGCCCUACCGGAUCUUAUUCCCGGGCUUAUGCAGACUCUCAAGUCGGAUACCGGCGCGGGAGAUCGUCUCGGUUCCGCUCAAGCCCUCAGCGAAGUCCUGGCGGGACUUGGCACCACGAGAUUGGAGGAAACGCUUCCUACGAUAUUGCAAAAUGUGGAGUCUUCCAAACCCGCAGUCAGGGAAGGUUUCAUGUCUCUAUUUAUCUUCUUGCCCGUAUGCUUCGGAAACAGCUUUGCCAAUUAUCUCGGCAAGAUUAUUCCCCCGAUUCUCGCCGGUCUUGCGGACGAUAUCGAAUCUAUCCGCGAGACAGCCCUCCGAGCCGGUCGAUUGUUGGUUAAAAACUUCGCCGCUAGAGCUGUCGACCUUUUACUGCCGGAGCUGGAGCGUGGCUUAGCAGAUGACAGCUACAGGAUCCGACUAAGCUCCGUCGAGCUUGUUGGUGACCUGCUCUUUAAUCUCACCGGUAUCAGCGGUAAAGCUGAUGCGGAGGAUGAAGAAGAGAGCGCGAAGGAGGCCGGCGCGUCCCUGCGCGAAGUCCUCGGAGAAGAGAAGCGUAACAGAAUUCUCUCCGCCUUGUAUAUAUGCCGCUGCGAUACUUCAAGCGCCGUUCGCGCGGCUGCUGUAAGCGUGUGGAAGGCUUUAGUCGCUACUCCAAGGACUCUGAAGGAGCUUACGCCUACCCUCACGCAAUUAAUUAUCCGCCGCCUUGGAAGUUCUAAUAUGGAACACAAGGUUAUCGCAAGUAACGCCUUGGGAGAGUUAAUUCGCAAGGCUGGCGACGGCGUACUGUCGAGCCUACUCCCGACUCUCGAAGAAGGCCUCCAAAUUUCGACGGAUACGAACGCUCGACAAGGAAUCUGUCUCGCGCUCAAGGAGCUUAUCGCAUCCGCCUCGGAUGAAGCACUAGAGGAUCACGAAAAGACGCUAAUAUCCGUUGUGAGAACGGCGCUCAUAGAUUCUGACGAAGACGUUAGAGAAGCUGCCGCCGAAGCAUUCGACUCGCUGCAGCAAAUUAUCGGCAAGCGAGCGGUCGACCAAGUACUCCCGUACCUUCUCAACCUUCUACGCUCCGAAGAUGAGGCGGAUAAUGCUCUGUCCGCGCUCCUGACUCUCCUCACCGAGACCACGAGAUCCAACAUCAUCUUACCAAACCUUAUUCCGACGCUGCUCACUCCCCCUAUUUCCACCUUCAACGCCAAGGCCCUCGCGUCUCUAUCCCGCGUCGCAGGUACCGCUAUGAAUAGACGUCUGCCGAAUAUCAUCAACUCCCUCAUGGAUAACAUUGUGAAUGCCAAGGACGAAGAGCUUCGUACAGAGCUAGAAGAGUCAUUCGACACGGUCAUACAAUCGAUAGACGAGUACGACGGACUCAACACGGUAAUGAACGUAUUGUUGCAGCUGGUCAAGAACGACGAUCACCGCAAGCGCGCCGUCACUGCAUCGAGACUUGCUAACUUCUUCGCCAACUCCGGCGUGGAUUACUCGCGUUACAACCAAGAUAUCGUUCGUGCACUAUUGAUCUCGUUCGAUGAUGGAGAUAAGGAAGUGGUUAAGGCGGCAUGGACGGCCCUCAGCGAGUUUACCAAGAAACUCAAAAAGGAAGAGAUGGAGGCCCUUGUUAUAUCCACAAGACAGACGUUAUUACAAGUGGGCGUCGCCGGAUCCAACCUUCCUGGUUUCGAGCUUCCGAAGGGCAUCAACGCAAUUCUUCCCAUCUUCCUCCAAGGUCUCAUGAACGGAACUGCGGAACAGCGAACCAGCGCCGCGCUCGCUAUAUCCGAUAUCGUCGAUAGGACAAGCGAAGCUUCUCUUAAGCCGUUCGUUACGCAAAUCACCGGUCCUCUUAUCCGUGUGGUAUCCGAGCGAUCGACCGAUGUUAAAGCGGCUAUUCUCCUAACGCUCAACAAUCUGCUCGAGAAGAUGCCGACGGCGCUCAAGCCUUUCCUGCCUCAACUCCAGAGAACAUUCGCAAGAGCGCUCGCGGAUACCGGCAGCGAGUUACUACGGUCUCGUGCUGCCAAGGCGCUUGGUACAUUGAUCAAGUUUACGCCUCGAGUAGAUCCGUUAAUCGCGGAACUCGUCACCGGUUCCAAGACUUCGGAUCUGGGCGUCAGAACUGCCAUGUUAAAAGCGCUGUACGAAGUUGUUAGCAAAGCAGGUGCUAACAUGGGAGAGAGCUCGAGGACGGCGGUACUAGGAUUGAUCGACAUGGACACGGAUACGAACGACUCGGCGAUGGUAGUGACCAACGCCAAACUGCUCGGAGCGCUCAUCAAGAACGUACCCCCCGAGAUCGCGCACGGCUUGCUGAAGAACCGCGUGACCACGACUCACUUUACCAACGCUUCGGUUCUCGCGCUCAACGCUGUUUUCGUGGAAUCUCCUCAGGCGCUGUUAGAGAGUCCGUUAGCGGAAGACUUGCCCGAUCUGCUCUGCCAGGGAAUGUCUAACAAGAACCUAUUCGUGGCGGAUAACAGCAUUCUAGCAACGGGCAAAUACCUGUUAACGGACUCCCCAAAGUCAUUCGAAUCGAUAAAGCCGAUCUUCUCGACAUUAGCCUCCAUCAUCAGCCCCGGAAACCCGUCGGAUUCCCGUCGUCUUGCAUUAGUAAUAGUACGAACGGUUUCGAGAGCCAACCUGGAUAUAGUUCGUCCUCAUCUCCCGCUAUUAGCACCGCCCGUAUUCGCGUCGGUGCGGGAUCCGGUCAUUCCUGUUAAGCUAGCGGCCGAGGCGGCGUUCAUCGAGUUAUUUAGCGUGGUGGACGAAGACACUAAGGUGUUCGAGAAGUACAUUAGCGGCGCGGGUGCAGAACUCCCAGCAAACACUAAGCGAAGCAUGCAAGAUUAUUUCAAGCGGGUGGCCGUCAGGCUAGGUAGCCAAGCGAGAGAAAGGAGAGAAGCGGAAGGUGGCCAAGGCGGAUUAGGAUUGAGCAACGACGAACAGGAAGACGAAAAGGAGAUAUGGAGUGUAGGCGCGGUGGAGAUUGGAGGUGGCGUCUUCUCGCAAGAUUAGCCUCGACUUGUGUGUAUGUAUGGUCAGUACGAAGGGCACGAGUAAUGGAUAUAGGCAUGUUAAGCAUAUGGAGGUUUGUUCAUAUGGGUAA